AUGCCCAGAAAACAGAAGAACAAGGCCACAAACAAGCUGCCCCCAGGUAGCGAGAACGAGCUUUCUGCCGCUGCCACCAACGUCGAUACCCUCGGAGCCAAGCCCAGCGGAACACCCCGAGAGCAGAAGAUUGUCACAAUCAAGAGAAACCGCAGUGGCCGCGGCUCCAACCGAAACAAUGGCAACGCCCAUGGCGAGGAGGUCAGUAUGUGGGCGGACGCAAAGGAGAAGAUCCAAGAACUCGUCGCCGGCGUCAACCUAGAAAACGACAACCUGGCCGAGCUCAUUAAGCUUGACAAGAAGGCUGCUGUUGCCAGCAAAGAUGGUGGAAAACCCUCGGGCGGCGACCUCAACAAGAUGGAGCAGCAUUGUCGUUCCGGUGUUAAGCUUUCGGAAACCAAUUCAAACAACAUCAAAAGCCUGAUAGAGACGCUCCAAGUUCUGAAGGCCGUGCAACAAGCCAAGGAGUUGGCGGAAGCACCGCCAUCGACAUCGUCACGUACAGGCAGUUCCACGCGAAACAGGGACGCAGCAGCUGCGGCACUCUACGACUUUGACGGAGCCGGAGACUCUCCCGUCCCCAGCCCAAUCGGUGGAAACUCGCGCAAGUUCGGGGACCGGGGGAGCAACCGCGACAGCAUGCCGCCAAAGGCAGACAGCGUCGAGCCGCAGGGAUCAACGGGUAGCAACACGGCCGGGUCCUCGUCGGGGGCGUUAGGAUCAGGUGGCUCUGCAGCUCGGAGCAAAGUGUCGUUCUCCAAGGGCGACAAGGUGGCGUUCAAACGCAAGAAGGACGAGCCACAGCAAGGCGAGGCCCCGUACGACUGGAUUCUCGGCGAGGUGGUGGGCAUUAUCGGGGAAGGCAAGAGCAGACGGUACAAGUGCUUGGACGUGGAGCCGGAGGACAACGUCAAGCCCAAGGAGUACAAGACUUUUGCAUCGGCCAUGAUACCGAUCCCGCCGGAGAACCAGACGCACAAUCUCGCCAAGUUGGAGGCGGGCAAAAUGGUGCUCGGGCUGUAUCCACAGACCACGGCGUUCUACGCGGCGGACGUGGUAGGCACCGAGGCGGACGGCAAGACGGUCAAUCUCAAGUUUCAUGGCGAGAACGAUUUAUCGACUACGCAUCAGGUGGAGCGGCGCUAUGUUCUGGACUACAAGCCUUGA